UUAUCAAAGCGCUCUGCAAAACCAAGCUGCGCUUGCUUUAUAUACAAUUUGAGAUAAUUUGAAAAAUUACUUACAUAAAACUGCAGAAAUAAUGGCUGAAAAGCCGCCAGAAGAAGGGUAUAUAUCUGUAGUUGAUGAGGAUCCGGAAUUUUUCGCAUUAUUGAAGUGGGAUUCGAAUCAAUCACAUAAACAACAUGAGGUUCGGAGUUUGGAAAGAGCAAAAAGUCCUGAGAAAACUAUGCCAAGAGCGAGAGAUGAAGUAGAUCCGUUUGAUUUGAAUGAUCUGGCUUUUAUAGAGGCAUAUCGCGUUCCUAAAGAUAUAGCGCGAAGUCUUUGUGAAGAAUUGAAGCCAGUAAUGCCCGAUUCUAUUAAAUCUAUCGAGUUUUCGGUGGAGAGCAAGGUACUAGCUACACUCUCAUUCUACGCGACAGGGAAAUAUCAAAAGUCCAUAGCAGGCAAAACAGACCCAAGCGUGACACAGUACUUUGUGGCCAGUGCAGUAACACAAGUCACGGAGGCUAUGAACCAUCCGACAAUAGUGAAAAAGUACAUCCAUUUUCCACAUCUGCGCAAUGAAAGAGAUGUUAUUAAGAGCAGGUUCUACAUGAAGUACAGGAUACCAAAUAUUGUUGGCUGUGUGGACUGCAUGCAUGUGCCCAUCGCUCGUCCCGAGGAAGACCACAAAAGGCACUUCAAUAAGUCAUAUCAUUCCAAGAAAGUACAAAUUAUAUGCGACAGUGACCAGAAUAUAAUAAGUGUUGAUGCAUCACCAGGAGGUUCACUGUCACACGACGCCAUUUUGAAUAAACAUGCAGUUAGGAACGAUCUGGAGAGCCUUAAUAUUGCACGAGAUGUGUGUUGGCUUAUAGGUGGUGCACACUAUACACCAAAACAGUACAUAAUGACACCGCUACCAAAAAUAACAAAAAAGACACCAAUAUCCCCGGAGAAGUACUACACGAAUUUGCACUCGCAGACACACACGGCGGUCACAGAUACGAUAAAACAGUUGAAGUCGCGGUGGAAAUGCCUACAAGCCACCUGCAACAAACAGUUUGACCCGACUACAGUAUCUAUGAUUAUCGUAGCAUGUUGCAUUCUUCACAACAUAUGCAACAAGAGAGGUCUGCCGGCCCCACAAAUGGGCCAAGCGGAGGAGAGGUUGGAAUUGAUGAAGCAGAAAGUCGCGAAUGCCCCGGUCUCGAAAAAGAGAGUAGAAGAUCCGAGCGGAGUUCAAGUAAGAAACUCGUUAAUAGAGAGGCUGUGGAACGAACGCAGCGUAGCGGACUGUGCUCCUCCCAAGAAGAGAAUGGCGAGGAAGGAGAGAGAGAGUCAGCCGGUGCAAAUGCCUCAGCAACAAAUGCAAGAGGAUCCGAGUAAGAGAGCCAGGAUUAUGAUGAAUAAUCCAUACGGUUUGGGGGUGGGGAUGGCGCCUGGGUGGGGGCAUUACCCGCAACACUAAUAUGUGAAAUAAUUUAUACUGAGUAUAAAAUAGAGUUGUUGACAGUUUCUAAUAAAACUUGUCGAUGGAUUACUUACUAAAUACUUCAUUAAAAACACGGUCGCGCACCGGGCUCGCGAAAUUAAGGGUUCAAAUAGCCUAAAGAGCGACUGUUAAAAAUUAGUAACCCAUCCCAUUUAUGACAGCGCAAACCGUUGCUUAACGUGGAUUUUUUAAGUUCCAACUGUGUAUAACAGAUCAUGAGAUACAGUCUGAUGACAGACGGACAGUAAAUUCUCAGUAAGGUAACUUGCCUUGUCCUAUUUGUAAACCUUUUUCAAACUCAAACAUUAUAAAUGUCCAGAAACUGGCCUUGUCCUAUUUGGAUUUAUAUGGAUUUUAUGAUACAAUUAGAAACUAUAUUUUAAUGCUAUUGUAAAAAUAUAAAAAUAUAUAAAGUAAAUUGCUGUAAUUUUAUUAAAGCGUAAGUGAUAAUUAGUUUUAAGUGCUAUCUGAAUAUAGCUAGAUCUAUUUAAAACUUGUAUAAGAUAUUUAUUCGACUUUUUGUUCAAAAUCUUUUUCUCCCAGAAUAUUUAUUUUUUCUAGUAGUAGUGUAUUUCUUAUGAAUAUCGCUAUAGUUUAAUUAAAGUUAUUUAUCCUUAAUUUCCUAGAAAAAGCAUGCUACUAGGAUAUGAAUCAAUUGCGUGUUUUUUCUGAAUACUGAGAGUAUUCAGAAAAAUAUGAUUUAUUUGAAAUAUAUGUUUAUAUGAUUUAUUUGGAAUCUCUGUGUACUGUGAUUUUAAACAGUAUUAUAAGUGGUGCGGAAGUAAAAUGAGGUAAAAAGUUACUAAGAGCUUGUACAUGAAUCUCAGUAUAAGAAUUAAAGUUGGAUUAUAUCAUAGAAGAAAUAAUACAUAAGUAUUAGCAUAGUGUAUUUUAAAUGUAUGAGAUAGUGAAUAAAUUUAUUGGAA